CCAGGGCAGGAAAUCGCUCAGAAAAUAUUUCCCAGGUUCCUUCCUGGCCAGGGGUCAUCUCCGCGUUCGGAAGCAGCGGGAAUCACUCUGUUCCCUGACACGACAGGCGGAGAAGGAAGACCUGCCCUGCCCACGGAGCGCGGUGCUUGCGGCCCCGUGUUUUUCAGCUGCAACCCCACCCCGGCUGCAGAAGGGGCCGGUUCUGCAGUGACCGCAGGGGAGGGAGGUCACGGCGCGCCGUGGAUGCGCCCGGAGCUUCUCGCUGCCGCUCACCGAGCGCUGCUGACGGACGGCGUGACUUGCUCCAGAAGGAAAAGCAAAACGAAAAAGAAACAACCCGGAGCGUGAGAACAGACAGCGCUCACCAAGGUGUGUCCCGAGCCUCGGGGAAACGGCGGGCAGGGAGCGGGGCGGCGGGCGGCACUGGAUGGGGAGAUCCGCGGGGACGGCGUGCGGCCGGCGCCCGGCCUGCAGGUCUGUCUCCAGGUGAAGUCUCCCAGCAGCUCGGUCUCCCUCUCUGAGAACCAGGUUCAGUGAGCGAGGCCAGCCGAUGCCCGCCGGACACCCAAGUACGUGACGUGAAGCGUCGCUUGGCUCGUCGCCUCCUCCGUCCAUCCACAGGCUGUACAGCAAAGCUGACUGCGAAAUGCCAUCCCCAGUUACUGCAGCUCUCCACCUCCUGUUUCUGCUGGUCACAACAUGUUUCCAGACAUCUCAGGCCUCAGGCUUUGGCCCACUCGCCCAAUAUGCCAUCGGCAGGGAGUUAGGAGAGGACAGCUUCCACCCAGAGCUGCAGAGGCAGAAGCGAAAUGUACUCAUUUUCGACCCUCCACCCCUGGAGUAUGCCAUUGACAUUGAAGUAAGCCUUACGGACUCAUCCCUCCUGGAACCCAUCAAGGAGUAUUUCAGAAACCUCCGUCUUCCAGUUUCAACGAAUAUUUCAGAUGUAGAAAUGACAGUUUCAAGUAUCAACAUUACAACAGUCUGUGUGCCCAUUGGUGAGGACAAGAGCUGUUGUUCUUGUGAAAGCGGACAUGCCUGGCCAAGCACGGGCUGCGGUGACCUGAUAAGCUGCCCUUCUACCAGCCUGGCUCCCAACCAGCCGUGCGGCUACACCAGGGAAAGGCCUUUCCAUGGGCCCUACUGUGAGCCUCAGAAUGGAGACUCAUGUGGUAUGGGAGAGCCCACUGUAAUGAAUAUGUCAGUAAGACUUGACACGACCUUUCAUGAUGAUCUCAGGAAUCAUUCUUCAGAGCUAUACAAAAAAUACAAAGCUGACCUCGAUAAAGCGUUUAAUGCUAGCUACAGAUGCUUACCGGGCUUUGUGUCAGCAACAACAACCGGUUUCAGGCCUGGAAGUGUUGAGGUGAACUACAGAGUGGAGGCGGGCUCAGCAAGCUUCCAACAGCUGGCGCAUUCCAACAGACUUGUAGCACAGUAUGUGGAUGAAGUGUACAACAUAGUACCUACCUCCUUCACAACAGAAAUCACUAAUCUCACGAACUUCACUGUGAGUCCCACGCACAUUUUUGAAGGGGAUACGAUCCGACUGAUGUGUGAGAUAAGCACCACAUCCGAGAACGCGACCUGGUACCACGGCGCUCAGGUCAUCCCGGGCGGCCCGCGGCACUCCCUGCAGACAACCGUCAGCGCUGCUAUGUCACAGGCGGUCCUUACAAUUACCAACGUUACGCAGGAGGAUUCUGGUACCUACAUAUGCACUUUUGAAAACAGACACUUGUCUAUGAAGCUGAUAUACAAAGGCAGAGAAGAAAUACAAGUCUCUCCACUACAUAUCAUUUCAUACUCAAGCGACAAUAAAGUUACCUGCAACAGCCCUGAGAUACAGGCAAACAGCCCUGUGCUGUUCUGUUGCAUUGACAGACAAUUACCUCUGCUUACUGGUGCCUGGAAGGUAAAUGGAGCGAUCAGUAUUCCAGGAGUCCUCAGUCUCAGCAGCAACUGCACUGAAUACAAGCUCAAUGUCACGGACUCGCUGUGCUUGGCUGAGCAGUCGGGUACGGUGACGACAUACACGUGUGAGCUGCAGACGGGGCACGGCGCCAGGAGCAGCCGGGACAUCCGAGUGACAUACUUCCGAGCAGCCCAGGUGAGAAUAUCUUCCAGUGUAAACACGUCGAUUUCCGAGGGAUAUGGCUUCAACCUAAAGUGCGAAAGUGACGUGAGCAAUUAUGACAGCAUCAGCUGGGAAAUCCAUUCUGGAGAUAGAGUACAAGCAGUAGAAUGUGCCGCGUGCAUUAGAACCAACAAAUCCACGGCCACAUCUGUGCUCACAGUGAACACUGCUACUCGAGACUGGAACGGCACCUACGUCUGCACAUUCUCCCAGGACUCCCUGAACAGCUCUGCUAGCGUGACAGUCAAUGUCAUUUCCUUGCCCAUGAAGCAGCACAUCCUGCUAGACCCCAUUGCAGCACCUAUAACGUGCAGAAGGCCCCAAGCCCUCAGCUGCUGCAUAAGUGCUAACACCGGAGAAGAUUAUGAUGUUAAAUUUGUAGUGCAAGAAAAAGAAUUUCAAGCUGAAAAAAGGAAGCAAGGAAAUUUCUUGUGCUAUUCAUACAAUUACACAGAAACAGAGUGCAAGGGAAAGGAGCUCACGGCAUACUGCAAGUUUGUGAACAGCAUUGGGCAGGAGGUCAACAGCGAGAGGAUACGGCUGAGCCUGAUACCUGAUAAGGACAUUUCCUGCUCGGAAAACAAUACCUUUGGAAGGGAAGGAGACAUAUUAAUCAAGCCGUGCUCUGUUUUAAAUACUGGUUUUAUCCAAGGCAACAAAAUUUACAAGUGCUGGAGCAAGUCAUGGAAGCUGAAAAGGAAUGACUGCCUGUCCGAACAGAUAAACAACCUGCUGCUUGAAGCGGAGUCACUGGUCAACAGUCCCAGUGCAAAAGCAGGCCUACCUGACUUCCUUCAGAACCUGCGGAAUCAGACAGUGCUCCUGCAAAAUGACAGUUCUGCAAACCUUGCUGCAACUGUUACCAUCCUCCACGCCAUCUCUUCCAUCCCAACAGAAGCAAAGAAGUCCACUAUCACUGAUUACUUCACCACAGUGGACAUUAUUGUUGCUGAUUCCAAAAAGGAACUUUGGGCUGACCUGAACAAAGAGGAGACACCCACAAGUUCUUUGUUACUGAACUCAGUAGAAAGAUUUUCUAAGAACCUCCAGCCAGUUAAUAAUACCAUUCCACAUCUGUCCACUGAAACCCUUGAGCUACAAGGUAUGGUUGUCACAGAACAUAGCCACGCAGGCUAUAAUAAGGACUUCAGCCGCCUAGGAAACCUCACAGCUAAUGUGCUGAUUGGUAACACUGAGACUCUGCCCCCAAAUUCAACCAUUGUCAGUGUGGCCUACUCAGCACUUGGACGUAUUUUGCCUGCAAACGAGACCACGUAUGUGAACAGUUUAGUGAUAUCAACAACUCUGAGCUGCGAGAGAAAACAGAACUUCCAUAUUAAUAUGACUUUUCAGAAAGAAAACUUGUUUCUAAAGAUGCCCCGGUGUGUUUUUUGGGACUUUGACCUCAACAACAGUAGGGGAGGCUGGGAUAAUCGUGGUUGCACACUAACAGAGGAAGAAGGCAAUGUCAUUUGUUCCUGCAAUCACUUGACACCGUUCUCCAUUCUGAUGUCACCGGAUAAACCUGCGCACAAUUCUGUUGAAGAUUACAUUACCCACGUUGGCCUGGGCAUUUCAAUCUUGAGUUUAGUGGUCUGCAUUAUAAUCGAAUCCUUAGUUUGGAAAACGGUGACAAACAACACCACCUCCUACAUGCGUCACAUCUGUAUUCUCAACACAGCAACGUCUCUCCUACUUGCUGACAUUUGGUUCAUUGUCACUGCCUCCAUCAAUGAACAAAACAUGCAGAGAAGAAGAGAGAUCUGUAUUGCAGCCACCUUCUUCAUCCAUUUAUUCUACCUGUGUGGCUUUUUCUGGAUGCUCAGCCUUGGCCUCAUCCUUUUUUACAGACUAGUCUUCAUCUUACAUAACACAAGCAAGACCUCUCAGAAAGCAGUGGUAUUCUGCCUGGGUUAUGGGUGCCCCUUUAUCUUUGCAGUCACUACCAUUGCUGUCACACUGCCACGGAACACUUACAUCAGAAAGGAUGUCUGCUCGCUCAACUGGGAGGACAGCAAAGCUUUCUUGGCCUUUGUCAUUCCUGCCCUGGCCAUCGUGGCCAUGAAUUUGUUCAUCACUGCAGUUGUGAUAAUAAAAAUACUAAGGCCAAACAUUGGGGACAGGACAAACAAGCAAGAAAGGAAAACCUUGUUUCAAAUUUGCAAAAGUCUCAUCAUCUUGACACCGCUGUUAGGCCUCACCUGGGGAUUUGGUUUUGCCACCAUCAUCAAAAAUAGCCACCAAGCUUUCCACAUCCUCUUCGCUCUGCUCAAUGCUUUGCAGGGAUUAUUCAUUUUGGUGUUUGGGACUCUAUGGGACAACAAGAUAAUAGAAGCCCUGCUGAAGAGGAAUUCACUAUCCAGAUGGAGUUCACAACAAACAAAGUCAACCUCCCUGAUCCUGGUGACACCAAUGUUUUCCAUGAACUACCCAUUUUCAAGAACAUUCAACAACUUAUGUGGCAAAACAGGAAAAUACACAGUAUCUUCUUCAGAGCCAUCCACUGCUUCCACAGAGAACACCUCCAAGUCAUAUUCUUUGCUUAACUGAAGCACAGCAAAUGAUAAACCAUUUAACUAAGAAGGGACCUCUGCCCUUUCCAAGAUACACACAAAAAGCAUCUGUGAGUCAUCAAGCAGUGGGCUGCUUCCCAUUGACCAAACUGUGCCUGGGUGCAUUCUUCUGGAACAUCCCGCUCUGGUUACCAUGUAAGGCAGGGAAGCUUUAUGAGCUGGAAUUUUACAGGAGCUGUCAAUACCAGAAGAAAUAACAAGAGGUUUCGGACUUGGAAGGAUUUGAAGACCUUCAAGUGCUGGGGAAGCUGCUGAAGAAUUCUCAGCCUUUAAGAGGGUGCUUAGCGCUAUGCAGUACUGAGCCAUGAAUCACAGUGCUAUCCACAACUGCUGUCCAGUAGUUGUAGUAUUUCCCCUAUCAAAUCUCCAAAUGAUUCCAAAGGGCCGUGCAGAUAAACAAGUACCUCAUCGCUUCCCACCUGCCCUCCUCUUAGAGCCUGGAAAGGCUGUAUACUGCUCGCAGUUUUCUGUUCAAGACUUCCUGGAACCAAGGAUUCACAGCUGAGACAGUCCAUUUCAGAUCAUCCCUUUUGACCCAGAAAAAAAAUGAAGACUAUGAGGAUUCCUGCGGGGUUUCUUUCAGAUAGAAUGUACUGGAAGCUCCAUGUAGCACUUUUUAAAGAAAAGGAAGCUUUGUAUCUUUAACUAUAAUUGUUUUUCCCUUGGUAUGUAAUAUAGUAAGAAAAAGAGGGGUGCUGCCCUCUACUAUAGAAGCAGCUGCAAUUAUUUAUUGUUACGUAUGCAGGGAGUCUCUUGUAUAGUCUGUACAUUUAGGUCUCCUUCCAGAGAAGAAUCACACUGGGAGUGCUCAGAGAGUCAGUUCUGCAAGGAAUAUAAACGAGCAUGUGCCAGGCAGGGUGAAAGGUUUUCUAUAAAUUAUUGUUCUGUGACUACAUUUGUGGAAUCGGUUAUUUCCAAGCCUGUAUGCCUUUACAAGGCAGAACUCCUAUUUCAAACAGACGGCUAUGAAAGAGCCCGCAAAAUAUUUGUAGCACAUCGAAGUGUUACACAUCACAAAGCAUGGAGAUUUAAAUUUGAGGCCAAUACCAAGUAAGACUGUCAGGUACAGCCCCUUUUGGUUCCUGGGGAAUCAGGACUACGUUUACUGGUGGUGAACUUGUUCCCAGGACUUUGGAAUGGACCAGGAUAGGAAACUGUUGCCUACACUUAGAGGCAAGUGUGAUGGUUUGGUAGGGGCAGAUGGUGAUGAAUGUAGACAAUAAACAAGCAUCAAUCAAGUGUAUUAUUUA